AUGUCAGACCAGCCGGAGAUAUCAGCACAAAGCCCAUCGCCUGCUAUUCAGGCAGCUACGCCUGUCAAGGAGCCUGUAGCGACCUCCAAAGCCGUCAAACAAUUCGUCAAAUUCAAGCGUGAUGAUUUAUCGGCAAGAGGAGCUUCAAUGUUCUGGCGUGAUGAUCCACAAUCCAAAUGGAUACGCCUUGAAAACUCCGUCUUCGGUCCCGUCAAAAAGAGGGAUGCAGAGUACAAUGUUGAGGAUGUGCUCAUAAAUGGAGAGCAUAUUGAGAUACGACAAUGGGGACUGGAAUAUGAGCGUGGUCAAAGUGACAAGCAUGUGCAAAAAGACCAAACGCCAAAGUAUUGCUGGUGUGUGAAAUUCAAGCACCACGCGAUCAAAGAUCGAAUCGUUUAUGAGUCAGACAUUGCGAAGUCACACGACGUCGAAUUGCAAUUCACUUGUGUUGAUGUGCCAAUCAGCGAAGAGGUGACUCUCCAGCCUGUUAAAACACUCAACGAUCUCAUAGAAGAGACUGAAGCGUUGGAAGGAGGCAUGGAGGGUGUGGGAGAGACUCCUGUAGAGGAUAGGGUGCAUGAGAACGAAGAAGUGGACGAGGCCUUCGAAUUACUGACGCAUCCUGAGCGAUAUCCACUUGCUCGUCUGUUCGAGAAUGCCUCGAGCUCGAAGGGCAAGCAAAUCAAGCUAGUUUUCAGGCGUGGUGGGGCUCUCAAGCCUUCCACACACCGCUUCUCAUGGCCUGCUCUGAUCAACUUUCUUUGCUUGCACAAUAGACCUAAGCUGACCUUGUCCCUCGCUGCUAGUGGGAAAGGUGUCUGGACCGUCUACAACGAGGAGCAAUUGAAGAUCGAGAGAGACUCCUCGCUCAAAGGAUUCAUGAAAAAUCCUGACAAGAACUGUGCUGCCUAUACCAAGUUCCGGAGCUCCAGACGUCCAGAAGAGUCGGGCCAACUGAACUGGGCGAUAUUGCCAAAAUACGAGCCACAAGACCCGAAGACAGUCAUGCCAAAGGCUCCUAAGGUCCCUAAGGCUAAGGUUCCACAAGCGCACGCAAGGGGUACUGUGUCGGUUGAUCGUACACAGCCUAUUCAACUUGAGCUCCCGCCUCGGCCAAAACGGAAGGCGCUUGGUGAAGAUCCUGCAUUGGAGGAGCUUGAACAAUGUAUAGCAGACGUUCAGACACAUGUUGACGAUCUUCAAGCAAAGCGAGUCGAAUUGAGGAAGGAGGAGGACGAUCUUCAAGCAAAGCGGGUCGAAUUGAGGAAGGAGGAGCAAAAGCUCAGGGACGCUUUGCUGGAGCUUGAGCAAUUGGAUGGACAGAGCAGACUUGAAUUGCAGUCGCUGAAUAGCCGCUGUAGGGAGCUCUCGAGAAGGCAGCGGCCGCGAUUAGAGUAG